AUGGCGAUGGCGAUGUCGGCGGCGACCCGGACGAUGCUGCACGCGCGGCGCUCCGCCGCAGGCCUCCUCCGCCCCCGCCCCAACCCAGCUCCUCUGCAGCUGCUCCUGCUUCAGGGGCAAGGGUCUAGAUCCGCCUCCACCUCCUCCUCCGCCGGCGCCGCCGCCGCCAGCUACAAUUCUCGCGACGACCCAUCUCGGUACGACCCGUCCAACACCCCGGUAAACCUGGGGCUGAGCAUCGUGCCGGAGAAGAAGGCGUUCGUGGUGGAGCGGUUCGGCAAGUACCUCAAGACGCUCUCCUCCGGGAUCCACCUGCUGGUGCCCGGCGUCGACCGCAUCGCCUACGUGCACUCGCUCAAGGAGGAGACCAUCCCCAUCCCAGAGCAGUCCGCCAUCACCAAGGACAACGUCUCCAUCCAGAUCGGAGGCGUGCUCUAUGUCAAGAUCGUGGAGCCUUACCUGGCCUCCUACGGCGUGGAGAACCCGGUCUUCGCAGUGAUCCAGCUCGCGCAGACCACCAUGAGGAGCGAGCUGGGCAAGAUUACCCUAGACAAGACCUUUGAGGAGAGGGACACGCUCAACUGCAACAUUGUCAAGGCCAUCAACGAGGCGGCCACCGACUGGGGGUUGAAGUGCCUUCGCUAUGAGAUCAGGGACAUAUCUCCUCCACUUGGAGUUAAGAAAGCCAUGGAGAUGCAGGCCGAGGCGGAACGCAAGAAGCGCGCCCAAAUCCUCGAGUCUGAAGGUGCUAUGAUAAAUGAGGCGAAUCGAGCAAAGGGUGCUGCCGAAUCGAUUCUUUCCAAGGCAGAAGCCACCGCUAGAGGAAUCAAGAUGGUUUCAGAGUCAUUCAAAACUGAAGGCGCUGUUGAGGCUGCCAGCCUGAGGAUCGCGGAGCAGUACAUCCAGGCAUUUUCUCUCUUGGCCAAAAACACGAACACAAUGCUGCUCCCGAGCGACGCGGGCAACCCAGGGUCGAUGAUCGCCCAGGCCCUCCAGAUAUUCAAGCACACGAACCAGUCCAACCUGGCUACGCGGGGGAAGCAGCAUCUCGCGGUGGAGAGUGCGGGCGCCGACCUGGCUUCUGGGAUGCUCGGCGACAUCCUGUCCGGUGACAAGGUUCCGCAGCCCAGCCAGAAGUAGAGAGCAGAUGCAGGCUCGGUUGAGUGGAUGCUUAGAUGAGGUUGAGUAGUUAGGGUUUAGGGUUCUGCUGUUAAUUGUCUAUAUUAUUACUCGUGCUUUUUGUCGAGGACACGAUAGGAUGUUAGAUGGGAGGAGGUAUUCAGUCAUGUUUUGCAACGAUUCGUGGAUUGCCACGUCUCAUUGAUCAUUGUUGCUAGCUCUGAACUUGUGCGAA